GGGGCAGGAGGGGGUCGGCCCGUUCUCAUUGGACCCCUUUCAUCCCGAGUGAAGUGCGAGUGGGAGGAGAAUUUCCAGCAGCGGAGGAGAUCAAAAAUAAACCCCCUCGUGUCCAGAGAAGAGCAGAAAGUAAAAAUACCCCCGAUGUGUCCGGACCGCCGCUGCUGAGAGGUACAACAAGGGAACCAGGAAGGACCACUGAGACGGACUGGCGUUAAAUACCAGACACACUUUGACCAAGACUGGCUGAGGGGGGGUCAGGAGGGCGGCGGGGGGGGGUCCAAACAAAUCACUUUUCCUUUGGAGAGAUCUUAUUGGAGGAGACGCACUACAUACCAGAGAUAAAGGACACACGUUGUGAUAAAAAACCGUUCCAGAGGAGAAGAUGCGUUCCGCCGUGCGCGUCGCCUUGGCGCUGCUGUGCGUAAUGCGCGCGGCGCCCCGCGCCCCGUUUGAGUCUGAGGACGUUGUACCUGUUCGGAUGAACCACAGGACCAGUGGCCGCUUUUGGAAACGAAGCGAAGAACGGCCGAGUUUUCCCCUCUGCGCAUUCGACAAGGAGCUGAGCCUGUCCCUGAUCCCGGACACCGGAUUCAUCGCGCCCUACUUCACGGGGCAGCGCGUUUUACGUGGCGCUCCGGGCGCGCGUCCCGCGGCGGAUCUCCGCACGGAGGAGGGCGAGGGACGGCUCAGGGGUUGCUUCUACUCGGGGACAGUGGACGACGACCAGAGCUCGGUGGUGGCUGUCAGUUUGUGCUCCUGGCGUCUUGGGCUCCUUCGUAACGGAGGGGAACGAGUAUUUCAUUGAGCCCAAACUUCGCGGGGUCCCGGGGCCCGAUUCCGCAGAGCAGCUGCACGUCGUCCGGAGGAGGACGUUCGCCCGCAGCCUCGGCGUUCCCCUGCCGUGGGAUCAGGAGGCGGCGGCGGACGAGAAGCCCAAAGGGGGAAGUUUUACGCGGGGCCACGGUGACGCACGGAGGGCACCUCGCCGGAGACGCUUCAUUUCUGCGCCUCGGUUCAUCGAGACCCUGGUGGUGGUUGAUUCAACCAUGGCCCACUUCUAUGGAGAUGAAGUAAAGCACUACAUUCUGACCCUGAUGUCGAUGGCCGCCCAGCUUUACAAGCACCCCAGCAUAAAGAACUCGGUCAGCGUGGUGCUGGUGAAGAUGCUGGUGGUGGAGGACGAGGAGGUCGGCCCGGAGCUCUCCAGCAACGGGGGCGUCGCUCUGAGGAACUUCUGCUCCUGGCAGCAGCUCUUCAACCCGACGAGCCAGAGGCACCCGGAGCAUUACGACACGGCCGUGCUCUUCACCCGAGAGGUGAGCCCUCCCCCUCCCCCUCCCCCCCCCCCGGCCACGUCUUCUCCUGCACACACGGUGCUCUUAGUUUGUCGUUUGUCAUUUGGCUGCUCUCCCAGAGUUUGCUCGGGUGAAACAAAGAAGACCCUCAGCCAGAGAUUAGUGAGGAUUGACAGUUAUUUUUGUGAACACCACAUAGUCAGAGCAUCUGAGAAGA